AUGUCGGACAAGUGUGCUGGCUGCGACUGCUCGGACCAGAGCCAAUGCGUGAAAAAGGGAUACACUGCUGAGAUCAUCGAGACCGAGCCAAACCACUCCUUCUCGGAGAAAAUGGAUAUGGAUGUGUCGGCAGGUGAAAAUGACGGCAAGUGCAAGUGCGGCAGCAGCUGCGCUUGCACCAACUGCACCUGUGGUGGUCACUGA